AUGUUAGGACACCACCACACAGGUUGUGAAAUGUUCGAAGUGCGCUGUUCGGGUCUCAGUUGUAAGUCAGCAUUGGAACACUUAGCGCUGCGCCAGUCAACACAACGACCGUCACUCGGCCUUGAGAUACGAUACAUUGUCUUCUAUAGCACGAUGUUAUUCACAAUCCUGUUCUACUUGUUCUACUACGUGCUAUACACUGUUCUACUCGCCAUCGCUGGUCUUUGGUGUUUCGAAGAAUGCGCCCUGACUGAGGAAGAAGAGUAUGAGUUCAUACAUCACCAUCGGGCUAUGCCGUACUGA